CCCACUUCGCCGCAUUUGACAAUACCAAAGAACCCCACACAAUAACAGCUUGCUAUUCACAUGGGCCGUCACCUCAGCCCGUUCAAAACCGAGUUCGUCCUACAAUAGCCUUGUCUACAGACAUAAUGGCUUCAAUUUGGAGUGCUUCGUGAUGGCUCUCGGCGCUGAACUUGCGGUGUGGGCCUCAGGGUUCGGCCCUCCAACCCGCGCCCAGAGCGCAGAUAGAACUGAACGGAAGGCGCAAGGCAUUGCAGAUGUGCCAUUUUGGGCGGUAUAUUGCCGCCUAGGCCGCCGCUCUGAGAAGGUGGGUGUGUCUGCAGGCGUUGCCUUCCAAACGCAGCGGGGUAGCUCGGAAGGUGAAGGCGGCGGAGCGGCAAAUGACCAUGGUUGGGAGAGAGGGCGGCCAAGUGCAAAGCUGCAAACAGUUGAUGCAAUGCAGAUCUAUAAAGAUGUGCUCCGUCUCAUUACUGCUGGUGAGUAUCAGCGUCCGCAAGAUUCGUGA